AUGAAAGGCACAAAAAAGAGGUUAGGUUUCCGUCGAAAGCAGGCGACGUCUUUCAGUGUCCACCGGAGCGAAGAGGUAGUGCCCGACGAAGUGAGACAUUUAGUCAAACAGUGUUCGUCGGCGUCCAGUGAUGGAGAGGGCUCUCUGAGCGGUGAUAGCUCUGCCACUCGUAGUGGCAGUAGUGGUGUACACCGUAGUCAAGAAGUGUUGCCCAAUAUAUCCCAAAACACGCUAUUUGUUAAACAGCAGAGCAAGGAAUCGACUGAUGAUAGCAUGAACUCUGUUAGCAGUGAGUCCUCCCUCCCACAGUAUAUUAAUGAUUGUUUCCAUUCGGUUGUGUCGGACACACCGACGCCACCACCAAAACACAGAUGGGUUCCGACGUUGCGUUUAGCGCCAGAGGGAGAGUUCUCCAACUUUGUGGAGGGUCUGGGCNACUACAGAGGAUGUACUCUUCAGGUGAUGAUUUGGGGCGAUUACGGGCGUUUGGAUAAGAAGACCUUCAUGGGUGUGGCGCAGAUAGUGAUCGAUGACCUGGACUUAUCCAAUAUAGUGAUCGGUUGGUAUAAACUAUUCAACACCUCUUCAGUGAUAAGUCUGCCGACGAGCGGAAGAGCCAGUAAUUCAUUGAUGUCGACGUCGAUGGAGAGCUUCAGCUAA